AUGAAAGUUGCAGAGGAUACCUUCGCGCGGUGGGAGUCUCUUGAUGCCGUCUACGACGGGGACCCCGCACUACGCGAGACUCAAGAGCAACUGUUCCUGAGGGCGCGUGAGCUCUUCAGCAGGGCCGAUUUCUUCGAAACAGUCGCAGAAGAUGAUCAGGAAUCAAGCGUUUUCCGAGCGGAUACAUCCGGAGACUUUACGCCUGAACAAGAAUCGGCUCUCGGCACCGAACUCGACGUGAUUGAUCUACAGCUAGAGGACGUACGACGCAGCGCUCUCGAACGCAUUCAGCACGACAUAGAAGUGGAUCUGGAGAGAGUGCGGAACGCCCUCGAGCAAGUACAAAGUUUCCUAACCACUCUUGAGGAAAUGGAGACUCGCUGCACGCAAGCACAAAAAGAUCUCUCGAUGUUUCGAGCUACACUCAAGGACGCGUACACAAAGAAGACGGUGCUGGAACGAAAAGCACAAAGCAUGCGUGAGCGCUUGGAGUUAUGGGAAGAAUUGGAGCGCUUAAGUCAGAAGCUGGAUACGGUCGAGAUGGCCUCGCUUCGAACCUCUUCGUUGGAUGCGGACGGUGUAGGUAACGAUAUUCACGACGUGCUCGUUGCGUUGGGUAUGUGCCAGGAGCGUAUGCAGCACAGCGGUGCUCUCGCACACUCAGCGGAACUGGCUGCAGCACACGGGAGCAGCAACAGCAGCAACAGCGUUUGGAGCGCCACGGAACAUGACCGGCUCGAAAAAAUCCUGCAGCGAGCGCGAGAGCUCACUUGUUCGCAUCUUGGAGUCCUGGUGAGACACCUAACGUCAGGCCUUGCUAUGGAGCUUUCCCGAUUACCUGCCGACCAGCGACGGCUACAAGCUCCUGAUCGCGAAGAUGCAAUCGUCAACCUUCGCUUCCGGCAGCUAAGCAAGCAGACUCGCCAGUUCAUGGAUGCCAUCUGUAACCUGGCACCCGCCGAUUCUCCUGAGACCAUGCAGUUCUUCGCAAAAUGCGAGAUGCUUUUUGUGGAGCAACGACGACGACUCGUGCUUCCGCUGGCCCAAGAGCAGGCACGACUUGCUGCAAGCGCUGAAGAGCUGGAUCUCGCAGCACGUUCGACAACGACGAUGCUGCUUAAAGUUUGUACCAUGGAGCUCCAGCUCUUUCAGGCUCUGAUGCUGCCCUCAUCCGAGACUACCCAGGAUAUGCUGCUUCGUGUAUCUCUUGGGGCAAAAGCGCAACCCUUAUCUGCGCUCCGUCAGUGGCUGCGAUCAAUCGCUGACCUUAUCUCGAUCUACAUUCUGCCGCGAGUGCUGCAGGAAAGUGAUCUUGACGCGCUCGUUCGAUGCAUUGAUUUUCUGCAGAAAGAAGCGAUGGAAACUGAGCUUUCGCGUUCGACUUCAGAUCUGGUUGCGUCAUGCUUUACAGAGCCGGUUACUUCGUUAUUGGCGGACACCCGUGAGCGCACAAUCUAUCGAGCGCAGUUAUUCAUUCGUGAUCAAAUUCUCCGUUUUCAGCCAUCAGACGGAGACCUGCAGGCUCUCUACGCUCAUUUCCAACGUCCUAAUCGGGGACAUGGGCCACAGCAGUUGUCACUGGAGGGCCCUAACACGCAGCCAGUGACUAGUACACCGUCGUCGGCGGUCUAUCGAGCAACACUGCUUACGCUUCAGGUUUUGGCACUUCUCCAUGGUCGCAUUGACGCCCUGGUGUUCGCGGGUCUCGCCCGAGAGGCCAUCGAAGCUUGUAUUCGAAAUCUGCAAACGGCAGCUAGGAGGCUUGCAUUGCUAGAGCCGCCGGCUUCUAGAGAGAGCCUUGAACCCGACAAGAGUUCCGUGUUAGCGCUAGCGAGUUUGCGAAAAGCCUCGGCGCCUGGUCAAACACAGGGCAGUGUCCAACGCAGCCCGCUGAGUUCGCCUCGUCUGGAUCCGCAUGCCGCCACCAGUGACAGUGCGGAGCUUUUCUAUCUCAAGCAGCUGCUGAUUUUGCACCAAAAUCUUAUGCUCUUUGAGCAACUCGAUAUCGUGGAUCAAGAGCGACAACUCCGAUAUUUAUCGUUUGACGAAUUCCGCGCAGGGGUUUCCCGUAUCAUUCGAGGUCAGGUGAGUCUUCGUCAUCUGUUCGGCUCUGUGCGAGACCUCAUUCCAAAACGUAUGGACCUCAACUCGAAGGAAACUUUAAGAGACGAGCUCCGAGCUGCAUACGAAGCUGUGGUAUUUCGUGCACUUCGAGAACUUUUACAGCCUCUACUUGUUUUUCUCGCUGAGGUGGCGGCAUCCAGCAAUGUUGCCGCUCUGAAGGGGGAAGCUGGCACUACUGCAACGGUCGAUUGCGUUCGAGAGAUCUGGGCUACCGUUCUGCUGCGUUUUGACCGCGUCCCCAUCGAUCCGAACCUCGAAACGCAACCUGUUGCUUUACGGCAAAUCCUGGAUUUUUGGCAACGUCUCUUUGGACCACAUGGAAGUCGAGUCCUGACCGAGAUCUUGCGGGAAAACGUACAAGAAGUGCUAAGCGAAUUUGUUGCUGUCCUCCAUCGCCACUACUCCGUGGAGGAACGCCGUGCGGUCGGUGUCGAUGCUGAACGCGUCCGCGCCCUAAUGGAGGCAUUCGCGCCAGACGCACCGUCUCAGUGA